AUGGACAGAUACACUAACAUUCACCAUCCAGACUAUGUGCCAGGCACUUUCAACAUCUACUCGUCACAGAGUCUCGAAAACGGCGUUAUUUAUGAGUCCACCCUACGCAAGACAGACGCGGGUGUGGUGCUAAUCCCGCAGCCUUCGGAAUCGCCCAAUGAUCCACUGAACUGGACAAGAUGGCGCAAAAUGUUGCAUUUCGGGCUGAUGGCGUUCAUCACUGCUUUCACGGCAGCUACCAGCAAUGAUGCGGGAGCUGCGCAGGACUCGCUCAACGAAAUCUAUGGGAUCUCCUACAAUUCCAUGAAUACCGGCGCAGGCGUCCUGUUUUUGGGCAUCGGCUGGGCGACCCUAUUCCUAGCACCACUUGCCAAUCUUUACGGGCGUAAGAUCACCUACAUCAUAUGCACUGUGUUAGGGCUGAGCGGUGCGAUUUGGUUUGCUUGUGCCAGUAAGACGCGCGACACGAUAUGGUCGCAGCUCUUCGUUGGCAUUAGCGAGUCAUGCGCGGAAGCUCAGGUGCAACUGUCGCUAAGUGACAUUUUCUACCAGCAUCAGCUAGGCUCCGUUUUGACGGUUUAUAUCCUGGCCACUAGUGUCGGAACUUUCCUUGGACCUCUGGUAGCUGGUUACAUCGCAGGCAUGACGUCGUUCCGUUGGGUCGGUUGGUCGGCUGCUAUCAUCUCGGGCGCGCUGUUGAUUUUCAUCGUCUUUGGCUGUGAAGAAACGUAUUUUGACCGCAACAAAUACUUGACUCCCACUUCGAAAAGAGCAUCUGGUCGAAGCAGUAACGAAAAACAAAAUUUGAUAGCUGCUCUUGAGAAAAGUGACGAUCAGAAGGGCACUCGCAAGGACAUCGAACCAACCACGAGUCAAAAAGUGGAAAAAUCCAAUGAUGUCGUCCAAAGCAUAGAGGCUUCGUUUGAAGAUUUCAAGUUGAUAGAGGGAUCCGAAGAGAAAAUGAAACCUUACCAUCGUCGUAUCUCCCUGAUCACCAAAGCAACAAACUUGCGUGGGUUUGGAGUCAAACAGUACUUCCAAUAUCUCGCCUUGAACAUGAGAAUGUUCCUGUUUCCACCAGUGUGGCUUUCAGGCUUUUUCUGGGGAAUUCAAGACGUUUUUCUCACAUUCUACCUGACUACUGAAGAUACAGCAUACUACGACCCUCCUUGGAACUACAGCGACUAUGGUGUUGCAAUUAUGAAUGUGCCAACCUUAAUCGGAGCUGUUAUAGGGUGUAUUUAUGCAGGAGUGGUGAGUGAUCACUUCGUUUUGUGGAUGGCACGUCGCAACGAUGGUAUCUUGGAGGCAGAGUACAGACUUCUCUUUUCGUUUGCCACAGCCAUCAUUGGACCCGCCGGCCUAUUGAUGUUUGGUAUUGGUACGGCUAGAGAAUUGCCUUGGCAGGUUAUUUACGUUGGGCUUGGAUUCAUUGGCUUCAGUUGGGGCUGUUCUGGUGACAUUGCAAUGGCUUACCUAAUGGACUGCUAUCCUGAUAUGGUUUUGGAGGGUAUGGUGUGCACUGCGAUCAUUAAUAACACUAUUUCCUGCAUUUUCACCUUUGUAUGCUCGGAUUGGCUGGACGCUUCGGGUACGGAAAACACCUACAUUGCCUUAGCAGUUAUCAAUUUUGGGAUCGCACUAUUUGCAGUCCCGGUGUACAUCUGGGGCAAAAAGAUCAGGACUGUGACGAAGAGGUGGUAUGUCGGGUCAAUUUCUGUGAGAGACGGAGUAUAA